CGCGACUUCGAUAACCGAUCAUUUCUCAUUUCAUCCUCCGUCAACCCUUAGCAUUGCACAAGAAAACCCUAGUUUUCUACGAUGGUGAACUGGAGGAUUAGGCAAGAAUGGGAGGAAUACGAUCUCCAAAGCUCAUAUGCUGACAAUCCAUCUAUGUUCUCGAUACGAUUGAACUAUGGUGGAGUUUGUACGAAGUUUCCAGGCCGCAAAUACAUAAAGGGGAAGAUGAAAUAUGUUGAUGGCAUUGAUAGUGACUUGUUCUCGGUGCAUGAUAUGGAUGAGAUAAUGGAAUUGCUUGAUUGUGUGGAACCAGGUAAAAGUAUUUACUAUCAUUUCAAACGACCAACCUGGGAUUUAGAUUUUGGGUUGUAUGCUUUGGGCUGUGACGAAGAUAUAAACCACUUUAGGUCAUACGUUUAUGAACACAAGGUGAUAGAAGUGUAUACAUAA